UAAAGUCCUACCCCAUUCGUGGCGUCCAUUCGGCGCCAAUCAGCGACUUGACCCUGGGUUCGUGCUGCGUUCAAAGUGUCAGCCGCCAGUCUGUCAGUCAGUCCACUUGAGCUGAGAACCUCUACUUGUCCGGCCAGCUCUUCUGCAGAGCACUGCGGGACGAAUCCGAACUCACCGCCGCUGGCCGAAAGACAAAGCUGCACCGGCGACAUGCCGACCCGGAUGAUCAGCCAACUUACUCGCCUUUGCUCAUUUUCUGCUUCACCUUACCUUACCUUUCCUUACCUUUCCUUACCUUUUACAUGCUGACGAGCCGCACUUUUUGCCUCAUCGAAUAUAACAUAAGAUCACUUCCCAAGCACUUGUUCUGUUCCUUGUUUUCUCGUCGUGCUCGCCUAGAUAGCCAACCACUGUCGUUUUCGUCUUGCACUCGCACGCUUUUCCCUCCCAAACCACUUAGGCUGACGUAGCGUCUCUUUCGAUGAUAAGACCCCGUCCUGCCACCGCAACCGCCGCAAUCAACUUCUCCUCCUGUCCCGCUAUCUACCCAACGCCCGCCCCUAAAUACAUCUGCAUCAUCGACCUCGAUACCCACGACGUCGAAGUAUGGCCUAUCAGAGCCCCCCCGAAACACCAUCCUCCUCAGGCGCCCACACGCCACACUCCUCCACUGCUCCGUCCCUCUCGAAUUCCGUGAUCACAACCAUGUGGUCCGGUCUCAUCCGCCGCUUCUCCUCCGACAUUCCCGAGUCCUAUCCUCACAGCGGUCACUCGCAGGAGUCAUCACACCUCGCCCACGCGCACACCGAGCCCAUCAGCGGUGCCGCCCUCAAAGACGGCGUCAACGGUGUCUUCGUCCCCUCCCAUAUCAGCCGUACCGCGAGCCCCUUCCGCCCGCCGCCCCUCGAUCCCAUCGUUCUGAGCGGCUUCAAGGACAGCACGCCGCCGAGCGCGCGGUUGCUGAGCCAUGGCGUGGCCGAGGAGAUCCGUAUCAUGCUGCCAGAGAGGUUGAGGAUCAUGGAAGAUUGGAAGUUGAUCUACAGCCUGGAGCAGGACGGCGCCAGUCUGACGACGCUGUACCAGAAGGCAGCCAACUACCAUGGUCAGCGUGUCGGUUUUGUGCUGGUUGUGAGAGAUGAUGCUGGCGGCACUUUCGGCGCCUACCUCUCCGAAUACCCCCACCCGGCGCCCAAGUAUUUUGGCAACGGCGAAUGCUUCCUCUGGCGAGCCUCUACUCUUACCCCCCUUCCGCCGCCACCCUCCGCCGACACGACGAACCUAACGCGCAUCACCACCGUGGCGAGCCCAACCCGCUCGACCUUUCUCGACAGCGACAGGCCGACGCCGUCCCCAGCGCCGAGCGAGUCCAUUCGUUUCAAGGCGUUCCCCUACUCGGGCGUCAACGACUACUACAUCAAUUGCGAGACGGGGUUCCUCAGCGUCGGCGCUGGCGACGGCCACUACGGGCUGUGGCUCGACGACAGCCUCGACCGCGGGCACAGCGGGCGCAGCCAGACAUUCGGCAACGAGCCCCUCAGCGACGAGGGUGAGAAGUUCGGCGUGCUGGGCGUCGAGCUGUGGGUGCUCGGGGCCUGAUGCGGACCUAGAAAGAUUCUACAUCAACGAGCAACGGCAGACGCGACGACGAACAUGAUCAUGUAUAAGAGCGGGAGACACAGGACGCAGGUAUCAAUACCGAAAAAGACAACAACGGUACCGGUCGCACAACCGAGUGGAAAGUGCGCACGGUUUUUGAAAACAAGAAAGGAUCGCGGCUUCGUUUAGAAGUCCAAAACGCCACCUCCGAUUGCGAGUCGGGAUUAGGUGGUAUUCGGUAGCAGGGACUGGGGCUAGCUACCACGGCUGGAGCAUGGCCAAUCUGCAGGGACAAGACGAGGCUUUUUGACGGACAGCGAGCCGUCUGGGCCAGAGCCGGGCUAGCAAGUUCUUAUGGGCUGGUCCGUCAGACACCCCUCUCUCGGACCUCAGAUGUAGACCUUGUCGGGCGCUCCGGACUCCGUAGAACACGUAGACGAUGCCCUUUCGCCAAGCUCGGGUUGAUGACGGGGUCGGUGAUCUGCCCCGGCGCCCGGAAAGACAGGGACGCGGAACCGGGGGGCGGGGGGGACUGGGCUACGACGACACAAACACAUCUACUACAAUGAUACCCUGGAUGAAGCUGGAGCAAGUUUAAUCCAUGGCAGCAGCCCCUGUCGAACAACCUCUUCCCAAUCCUGGUCGCGAACUGCCCUGCGUCUUUCCAUCAUCGAGGCCGAGGCCGAUAGAGACUCCCCCCAGGUAAUGGUCGUUUCGGGGGUUAGUUGUUCAAAGGGCGGCGUACCCGGAGCAAACUUACCAGACCACAAUCUGACAGGCUGGUCACCUUUUCCAAUAGGAGGCUUGGACUGACGCCAAGUGGUAGUAGAGGAAUCCACCUGAUGAGUAUGCUUCAGCCAUUCAUCUCUGAUGGUUUCCUCAUGGUCUUGGUCGUUCAUGUACACUGGCCGUCUUGACACAAGAAAGUCUGUCACCUGCUUUGACAUGCCAAUCCAUACCCCAAUCCAGCAUCACUGAACUGCCGCGUUGCCGGAUGGGUCGCAAAGGGCCGACGCAUCUUAAGACUAAGAAUUUUCACAGGGUAGAACACCGAUACAAAUAGGGAAUGACU